UUGUCUUUCAUUUAUCUCGCAACCCCUUUUAAUCCCUAUGCACAUUCAUCAUAGCCAUCACAAUCACACCCUUCUAUCUUCUUUAUAUGCUCAUCUCUUCUCUUCUUUCCACUCACACUAGCAAAUCCUUUUUUUCUCUUUCUACCUAGUCAUUACCCUUUCUCUUCUGCUUCCUCAAAACAAACAAACAAAUACAAAAAAUAAAAUAAAAUAAAUAAAAAAUGAGUGCUACCAUAUCUCAACUUGAACAGGAAGAGUUGCUCAACAAAUUGGAGGUCUUCAAGAUCAAAGGCAGAGACAAGCAUGGCCGCAAGAUCCUUCGCAUUAUCGGCAAAUUCUUCCCUGCGCAGUUUGUGAGCGUUGACGUUCUGAAGAAGUACCUGGAGGAGAGGGUUUUCCGAAAGCUUGGGAAGAGGAAAUUCUCGGUGCUCUACGUGCACACCGGCGUUCAUCGGAGCGAGAAUUUUCCCGGAAUCUCCACCCUCCGAUCGAUCUACGACGCGAUUCCGGCGAACGUGAAGGAAAAUCUAGAAGCCGUUUAUUUUAUUCACCCAGGCCUACAGUCCCGCCUUUUCCUCGCCACCUUCGGCCGUUUUAUCUUCAAUGCAGGGCUGUACGGGAAAGUGAGGUACAUGAGCAGGGUUGAUUAUCUAUGGGAGAAUGUGAGGAGGAACGAGGUGGAGAUUCCAGAGUUUGUGUUUGAUCAUGAUGAGGAUUUGGAGUACCGUCCGAUGAUGGAUUACGGGUUGGAGAGUGAUCACGCUAGAGUGUACGGUGGUGGUGCUCCCACCAUGGAUUCGCCUGUGACCACUUACUCCAUGAGGUGCAUCUCAUAGGAUCUUUUCCUUGGAUUCAGUAGUCCUCCACUCCUUUGAACCAGUUUUUUUUUUUUUUUUUGCCCUUUCUUUUAAGCUAGGCCUCCUAGUUAGUUAUCCGACCCCAUACAUGUGGAUGUUUGAUAUUGUGCAGAAAGAAAAAAAGGAAA